GAGGGGGCCUCAGGGCCCCCCCCCCAACUAUGGACGAGCGGCUGCUGGGGCCGCCCCCUCCAGGCGGGGGCCGGGGGGGCCUUGGAUUGGUGGGUGGGGAGCCUGGGGGCCCUGGCGAACCUCCCGGUGGUGGAGACCCCGGUGGGGGUAGCGGGGGGGUCCCGGGAGGCCGAGGGAAGCAAGACAUCGGGGACAUUCUGCAGCAGAUAAUGACCAUCACCGACCAGAGCCUGGACGAGGCCCAGGCCAAGAAACACGCCCUAAACUGCCACCGAAUGAAGCCUGCUCUCUUCAGCGUCCUGUGUGAAAUCAAGGAGAAAACCGGCCUCAGCAUUCGAAGCUCCCAAGAGGAGGAGCCUGUGGACCCGCAGCUGAUGCGCUUGGACAACAUGCUUCUGGCAGAGGGUGUGGCUGGGCCUGAGAAAGGGGGCGGCUCAGCGGCAGCAGCUGCGGCCGCCGCAGCCUCCGGAGGCGGCGUGUCCCCCGACAACUCCAUCGAACACUCGGACUAUCGCAGCAAACUUGCCCAGAUCCGCCACAUUUACCACUCGGAGCUGGAGAAGUAUGAGCAGGCGUGUAACGAGUUCACAACCCACGUCAUGAACCUGCUGAGGGAGCAGAGCCGCACGCGGCCUGUGGCCCCCAAGGAGAUGGAGCGCAUGGUGAGCAUCAUCCACCGGAAGUUCAGCGCCAUCCAGAUGCAGCUCAAGCAGAGCACCUGCGAGGCCGUCAUGAUCCUGCGUUCCCGCUUCCUGGAUGCCAGACGGAAACGCCGUAACUUCAGCAAACAGGCCACUGAGGUCCUGAAUGAGUAUUUCUACUCCCACCUGAGUAACCCAUAUCCUAGUGAGGAGGCCAAGGAGGAGCUCGCCAAGAAGUGUGGAAUCACUGUCUCUCAGGUCUCCAACUGGUUUGGCAACAAGCGGAUUCGCUAUAAGAAAAAUAUUGGAAAGUUCCAAGAGGAGGCAAACAUCUACGCUGUCAAGACCGCUGUGUCAGUCACCCAGGGAGGCCACAGCCGCACCAGCUCCCCGACACCCCCUUCCUCCGCAGGCUCUGGCGGCUCUUUCAAUCUCUCAGGAUCCGGUGACAUGUUUCUGGGGAUGCCCGGGCUCAACGGAGAUUCCUACUCUGCCUCCCAGGUGGAAUCACUCCGACACGCGAUGGGGCCAGGGGGCUACGGGGAUAACCUCGGGGGAGGCCAGAUGUAUAGCCCUCGGGAAAUGAGGGCAAACGGUGGCUGGCAGGAGGCUGUGACCCCGUCCUCAGUGACAUCCCCGACAGAGGGACCAGGGAGCGUUCAUUCUGACACUUCCAACUGAUCUCGCCCCUCAGGGCCACAGGGGUUAGGGGCUCACAAGGCACCUCUUGAAGAGGACGCAGGCAUCCAGAGGACAAAACCCAGACAAAGGAGAAGCACAAGAUAGAGAAGGGCAAACAGAGUCAAUCCCCUCCCUGGCCAGACUCUCUCAGUGCUGGGGGUGCUGACUACAUGGCAGGGAAGAUGGGGCCCCUUAAGGGGAAAGUGGGGUCUGUCUCCCCCUUUUUUCCUUUUUUCAUUCUUUUUCUCCCCCUUUAUCUCUCACAUAGAAAACACACGCACCCAGAAUCCUAUUUUUCAGAUCUUUCCUCUCCUCCUCUCUCAUACACGCACGUACAACUAUUCUGUUUCUCUCUCUCUCUCUCUCUCUCUCUCUCUCUGGGCUCCCCAACUCUCCUUCCCUCACCCCACUUAUCUGCUCUGGGAUCUGUGGAGAUGCCAGCCCUGCCCAGCCAGAGAUGCCAAAAAUGGGGACAUGACUUCUGGACAGAGGACGUGGGCCACGCCCCCUGUGCCUCCCCACCCCCUGCCCCUCCAGACGGCUUUAUUACCUCAUACGCAGCUCAUCUUAAACCAAUAGAAUCGCUCGGUGGACGGGAGUGUCUGACUCAGAUAUCUACCUCGGAGGGAGUUUCUGCUACUUUAGGGAAUUGUUGACUGGGCUUUGGGGUUGAACUUUUUUUUUAAAGGAAAGAAAAAUUAACCCUGGGAUCCAUCUGUAUUUUUUUUAAUUUUUAUUUCGGGGAUUUUUGGUGGUGGUGGUGGUUCUUAAUUUUUAAUUUAGUUUGGGGAAGUAGAUGUUUUUAUAAAUA